UUUCGGAGAAGUUUAGCAGUUUAGUGAGAUCUGAAACUGAAUGGGGAUCUGGUAACAUUGUUUGAUCAAAAUAUUAGAGAAAAAUGGCUCUCCGGUUAGGUACGGCUGUCCUUUGCUCGCAGUUUUCUCGCAUUUCCUUACGUCAGGGGCGUGCUGUGAGUACAUCCCUACCCCGCCUUAUUGAUGACCUGUCAAUAAAGCAAGUAGAACCCUCAGAUGCCAAAAAGUCUAUGAUGACCUUGGAAGAGGCAGAACACGCAAAGGCCUUGCAAGGUUACAUUACAAUUGAAACUGCUCCUGAUAUUACACCAGUUAGUGGUGUGCCAGAAGAACAUGUAAAGACACGACGUGUUCUUAUCAAGAAGCCUACAAAAAAUUCUAUGCAGUCUGGGACCAACAGCCUUCACAGGUGGACGAUAACAUUCGAAGCACGUGAACGUUGGGAGAAUCCCUUAAUGGGAUGGGCAUCUACAGCUGAUCCCCUUUCCAAUGUUGAGAUUAAUUUUCCCACAAGAGAGGAGGCCAUUGCAUUUUGUGAGAAAAAUGGAUGGUUUUGGGAAACAGAAGACCCACCAGUUAAACCACCUAGAGCAAAAAGUUACGGGGCUAAUUUCUCUUGGAAUAAGAGAACUAGACGAUCUACAAAAUAGUUAUGUUCUGGGAAUUUAGCGUGAAUUUUUAUUUUCAUUAAGGUAUUUCAAAAAUUAGGAUGAUUUCCCUCCCCAACCAUGUCAAGAUUUACAUUGUGGGAAUUAUGCUCGGUGUACUAAACGUGUAUUAAAAUUGUAGUACCGAGCUCUUUUGAGUUAUGUAAUUUGAAGAUAUAUAUUAAAGACAUGGGAAAAUAUAUUCCAAUUCUUUAUGUACAUAAAAUAAAUGUAAUUUACUCAGAAUAA